AUGUUGAGAGAGAUUAUUGAGGAAUGGAACAGUAGAUCUUCUCUAUCUAGUAUUUGUAAGCAAUGGCAUAAAAACCGACCCAUUGCAUUUAGUGAAAAUUUUUUUCUUAUUCUUUAUAAUUGUCAAUGUUUAAGUACUCAUAUUGCUGAUAUUGAUAUUCUUCUAUCAACCUAUACACCCCAAAUUUGUAUAUUAACUGGUGUUGGAUCUAAAAUCAGAAAUUUACCAAAAAUUACGUCUUAUUACUGGAUUAGUCAGGAAGGUACUAAUUCUUUUGGGGGCGUGGCAGUGCUAAUUCAUGAUACACUUAAAACUAAAGUGAUUGCUCAACAAUUUGAUUUCUUAUUAAUUGAACUUGACAUCCUUCCAAAACCUAUUCUAUUAGGAGCUAUUUAUGUACCACCUGGUAAACCCUUUCCACAUAAUUUGUUUGAUAAAUUUUUAAAUAAACCGUUCUAUAUAUUUGGUGACUAUAAUGCAAAGCAUACUGAUUGGUUCUGUAUUCAAAAUAAUUCCAGCGGUUCUCAAUUGAGAAGCUGGCUGAACAAUACCGGCUGUGAAAUGAUAUAUCCAACUCAGCCAACAUCAAGAAGAUCUUCUUCAGUUAUUGAUUUUGGAAUUACUCAUAAUGCAUGUGGUUGGGAAGCUGAAACUUUGAAAGAAGGAUCUUCAGAUCAUUAUCCUGUAUUGAUAAAAACACCGCUAUCAACGGGAUUAAAUAAUUUUUUUCGUAAAACUAAUUGGAAAAUAUUUUCAUUUUUUCUAAAUUGUGUUUUUCCAUAUUUUAACUCUCUCGUUUAUAAUCUUGAGCCUGAUGCCUUUUUUGAACUUUUUUCUUCUUUCUUAUCUUCUACUUGGGAUAGAGUAAGUGAAUACGUACCAGUAAAGAAAUAUCGACCACCAUGGCCACCAUAUCUCGUACAACUCGCAAGAAGACAAAAUAUUGCACGAAAAACAUAUAGAAGAUCUAAAAAACAAGAAAAUUUAGAAAAUUAUCUAUUUUUCAAAAAUAUGUAUUUAAAAGAAAAAUCUAUUUUUUUACAGAAAAAAAUUGAAGAUAAAAUCUCCUACAUAUCGACAGGAAAUAAUAUUUGGAAAUAUGUUCACCCUACAUUUCAUCCCUAUACACCAGCUUUUAAAGGUCUUACAACUUCUACAGGUAUUAUAACAGAUCAACAGAUGAUUGCUGAUACUCUUGCAAAUUUUUAUGAAAUUCAUUUUGAAAAACCAUCUUUUGACACAAAUAAUGUAACUCAUUUAGAUGCCUUAAAAAAUUUCGAAAACAUUUCUCAACUACCAAAUCUUUCACUUGAUAAUAUUACAUUACAAGAAGUUGAAAAAAAUUGGAAAAAAGCACAUAAAAAGAAGUCAACAGAUACUGAAGGACUGUCCGUUUUUCUAUUGCAUAAGCUUCCAACUGAAUAUCUACAAAUUUUUACUAUAGCUUUUAACAAAAUUGCUCAAAGAGGGAGCGUUCUUCAAUCAAGCAAGCAUGCUAAAGUUAUAUGCCUAUCGAAAGAUGGAUUAUACCCUGAAGUAAAUAAACUUAGACCUAUCUCACUCCUAUCGAAUGUUGGAAAAGUUUUUGAGAGAAUAAUUCACAUGCGUAUACUUAAAUGGUGUAACGAUAAAGGAAUAUACAUUGAUGAACAAUCUGGUUUUACAGCUGAAAGAAGAUUACAGACUCGUAUACUGUCUUUAAUUGAAGAUCUAAGGUUAACCACAGCAGCAAACAAUAGACCAGCACUGGUGAUCUUUGUUGAUUUCAUGUCAGCAUUUGAUAAGAUGUGGCAUCCUGCUUUAAUUUCAACUCUUGUUAAACUUGAUUUUCCGCUACCUCUUUUGCAUUGGAUUUUUUUGUGGUUGAAAGGAAGAACAAUGUCAAUUCAUGUUGGGGAAGCUGUUUCACGUUCCAUUAAUGUUUUUGUUGGUACUCCUCAAGGUUCUGUUUUGGCGGCUACACUCUUUCGACUCCACGUACAUUUCCUUCCCUCAUUUUUCAUGAAUCUAAUUUGCCAUCUUUUUGCUGACGAUCUUGCUAUUGUUAUAUCAGGUGCAUUGGAGAAUAAGUUUUCUAAGAACAUAAUUGAACUUGAAAGACAAGCGGAAAUUGCAAUGAAAAUGCUAGAGAAAUAUGCUGAUGAUAACUUACUUCCAGUUAACAUUAAUAAAACCAAAGCAUUAUUAGUACACGAUGUUGUUGCUCCAUCAUAUCCUACAGUAAAAUAUAAAGGUUUUAAAAUUGAUUUUGUUAAACGUUUUAAUAAACCUAAACGUAAUAAACCAUCGAUGUCACAACAAAAUGCGAACAAUUUUGUUGAUAAUAGUCAACAUUCGAUUCAAUCAAGUUCAACAUCUUCACGACAAAAUCAUGCAACACCAUCGAAUAAUUCAAGCACAACUAAUCGUCACGAUUUUGUAAUUCAUACAUUAAAUGAAUGGAUUAACAAACAAGGUAUUAAAUAUGGUAUUCAAAAAGUGAAAUUAAUUGAAAAUGAAGAUUUUCGGCUUUUCAUUAAUGAUGAUGAAACUGAUACACUACCAUCUAUAUCAUGUUCAUGUGGAAUUAAGGUUCAGUUGGGUAUUAUUCGUGGAAGCAUUUCGUUGAGUAAUUAUUAUAAACAUUUAAAAUCAAAGUCGUGUAUUAUCAAGAAGAAAAUAUCGAAACACAUCAAUGGUGAAUCGUCCAAAAUUAUCGACGACGAAUCUUCUGAUGCUGAAACAUCACAAAAUAAUUCAAAUUCUAAAGAUAUACAAUGUCUCACAUCAGUCAGUUCUAUGAAUGAACCUGCAACUAUAAGUAAAUCAAAUAAACGAACAACUGAUCAAGAUAAUAAUAGUUUAUCGAAAAAAAAACGUAUUUAA